AGAGAGAGAGAGGGAGCAGAGAACAGAGAACAGAGAACAGACCAGGGAGAAACGUCCAGUCGAUGCCAGUCCACCCUGAGCUUCCUUAGCAGAGAGUUCUCGUGGAGGAAGUUGUGUCCAGACGUGCACGUAGAGGUGGAGAUAGUUUCAACUUUUCUCGGCACAACUGCACAGACUUUGCACGACGAGGCGGUUUUACACGAGUGCGAAUCGGGACAGUGUCCGAUAAAGAGUUGCAGCAGCGAGGAACCACCUCCACCAGCAGCACCAGGUCCACGUCGUGCCGGAGAAGAAGAGGAGGUGAAGAAGGAGGAGGAUAGAAGUUUCCGCUGUUUUGUUUUGUCACCGCGGAGCUGGUGAAUCCGCAGGAAUGUCGCAGAUGGAGAGACCCGCUUUCUACCGACAGGAGCUCAACAAAACCGUGUGGGAGGUUCCGGAGCGAUAUCAGAACCUUUCUCCUGUGGGCUCCGGCGCGUACGGAUCCGUGUGUUCAGCAUAUGACGUGAAGUCAUGCCUGAAGGUGGCGGUGAAGAAGUUGUCUCGACCCUUUCAGUCCAUCAUCCACGCGAAGAGAACCUACAGAGAGCUGCGGCUGCUCAAACACAUGAAGCAUGAGAAUGUGAUUGGACUAUUAGACGUCUUCACUCCAGCGACAAGCUUAGAGGAGUUCAAUGAUGUGUAUUUGGUGACUCACCUCAUGGGGGCCGACCUCAACAACAUCGUCAAGUGUCAGAAGCUGACCGACGACCACGUCCAGUUCCUCAUCUACCAGAUUCUCAGAGGCUUAAAGUACAUCCAUUCAGCAGGUAUCAUCCACAGAGACCUGAAGCCGAGCAAUCUGGCUGUGAAUGAAGACUGUGAGCUCAAGAUCCUGGACUUUGGUCUGGCCCGGCACACAGAUGACGAAAUGACGGGCUACGUAGCGACACGGUGGUACCGGGCCCCGGAGAUCAUGCUCAACUGGAUGCACUACAACAUGACAGUGGAUAUCUGGUCAGUGGGCUGCAUCAUGGCGGAACUCCUCACUGGACGGACACUCUUUCCCGGUACAGACCAUAUAAACCAGCUUCAGCAGAUCAUGCGUCUGACGGGGACACCACCAGCCUCACUCAUCAGCAGGAUGCCCAGCCACGAGGCGAGGAACUACAUAAACUCACUCCCUCAGAUGCCGAAGAGGAACUUCGCUCACGUGUUUAUUGGUGCCAACCCUCUUGCCGUGGACUUGCUGGAGAAAAUGCUGGUGUUGGACACAGACAACCGGAUCACGGCGUCCGAGGCUCUCGCUCACACGUACUUUUCCCAGUACCAUGAUCCAGAAGACGAGCCCGAGGCGGAGCCCUACGACCAGAGCUUUGAAACCCGCGAGCUGGAGAUUGAGGAGUGGCAGAAAUUAACCUACGAGGAGGUUCUCAGCUUUGUUCCACCAAUAUUAGACGGCGACGAGAUGGAAUCCUGAGGAAGAAGCAACUUUUCUUCUUUUCUUUUUUUGUUUUCCAAGGGACUUUAUUUGAAAGGACUAUCAGUCUCAAGUGACUAUCCACCACUAUCAUUGCACAGACAUGUCAUUCAAGUGCCUGCCGUCAUUCAUGUGUGGGGGAGUUUGCAGUAUCAGGGAUAAAAGUCUCCAUCCUGUUCGUCCUACAGCCUCCUCCUCCUCGCUGUGUCGUUUCUGUUUCACUGCGUCCAAACAUUAAUUCUCCCUCCUCAUUUUUAGCGAUUCAGACUUUUAUUGUUGAUUUUUGUGUCCCCUAUUUUUUUUAUCCACAAAACUAGAAAUGACAUCACUCAUCUUAAAGCACAUAGAAGAUAAUAGUACUGCUGAUAAGUAUUUUAUAAAAUAGUUCCACCUAGGAGAAAUUGAUGUAUUUAAAGUUUCCUCCACAUAUUAAAUUAUCUGUGUAUAUAUGACAGUAUUUGUACUUCAGCUGAAAGUAUAUGUGUUUUAGUUACACUUGAAUACAUUGAAUUGAAUUACUAGAGAUCAGCCCUUAUAAAGUAUAUAAAAAGAGACUGUAUGUAAUUUAUUACACAUGUAUAGAAUAGCAAAAUGUCAUUUCUAAAAGGAGAAAAUUCUUAUUAUUGAAUUUGAAAACUUAUGUCCAUUUUUUAAAACGAAAAUAAGUUUGGAGAAAGAGGCAAAUCGUAUAUUUUUUUGUCUACUUUCCUCCAUGUUAUUAACUCUUCGAGCUUUUGUGUUUUGUUGUUUUUAGCAAAUCGUCAGCUACAGGAGAUCGUGUGCAUGAUGACGCCAGGUUAGGUUCGCUAGUUCAUUGAGAUUUGAUGUUUUUCACAUCAACUGACAAUGUAAUUUAAUCAUGUGGUAAAAUCACAGUUUUAUAGAUGUUUUUUGAAUGUUGAGGGCACCCGUUUGCCUGUAUUUAUGAUCUUUUGUUAUGUUGUUUAUAUAUAUAUCGAUGUAAGAGAAUAUUAUUUGUCAGAUUCUAAGUUUCUUUUCUUUUCUUUUGUGUUGUGUUGUUAUUUAUGAAUAUCUUACUGUAUCACAAACCAAAAUGCUGUGGUGACUGCAGUUACAGUUUGCAUCAGAGCCACCGGUGUUUCCUUGUUUUUGACUUUGGUUCAAAUCUCUCUGGAAAAACAUCUGGCAGUUUCUUUCCUUUUUUGAAUUUUGCAGUUAAAUGAGUGAAUCUUACGGAUUUCCCUGAGGUACUGCCUACCACGUUUAUCCUGUUUUCUGCCAGCAAACUGAGGAACUGCUCCAAAUUUGAACAAUUUACGAAAUUCAAACAACAUGCAAGUGUGACCUACGAAUAUCACAUACACUUGUGUCCGAUGUCAAGCAAACAACAUCAGCGUCUUUCUCUGUAUUUCACUUGCUUUUGGUGUAACUGUGUUGUUCCCUCUAAUGUAUUAUUUUAUUAUUCUUUAUUUUAAAUCAAGAGUUGAUGCUGUUGUGUAAUAAUGAUUGUUUUUGUUUGUUUUAUCAGCAAUGCUAGAAACCAUAUUUGUAACUCAUUUGAAUCAUUAGGUUGGGCACAUGUUUGUGGAGAAGAGUGCACAUUUACUCACUGGAUGCUGAAGCGUGACGCUGAAAACCUUUUUGUACAUUAUCGUUUCAAAGCAACUGCAUUGAUUAUACAGGAUAUUUACCUCGUCCAUAUCCCAAUAUCAGCCGUUCAUUUGGUUUGUGAUUAGAGUUGCUUUGCUUUGAGAUUAUGUGUUCGUAUCUCUCUCUCUUUUUUUUCUACAAUGUUUGUUAUUAUCACAUAUACCAAGACAGCAGGCAACGCCACCUGUAAAUACCACCAUUAGAAAAAUAAAGACUACUAUUUUUCAAACCUGUAA